AUUUAUUGUUGAAAAUUUCCAAGCAUACAAGUUUUGAUGGCCGUCCGAUCGCCUCCGACGGUACCGGUAACUGACCGGGGGGGCAGGCGAUGUCGGGAGCGUGCGUGAUACGAGGCUCGCCGGUUCUCCGGUUUCGCCGGUUGCCGGGAGGGCGAUGAUGUGGCGGGCGAGCUUCGAGGGGCAGGCCAGGGGUUGAGGUGGGCGUUGUGUGCUCUUUUCACGUGGGGGGAGCGAGCUCGAGAGAGAGAGAGAGAGAGGACGAGGGGCGUGAAUGGUAAAGGAAGGAAUCGGAGCAAGAGCGACUGCCGGAGCCGCCUUUCGAUCGGUACAGGAAUUCGUGCUCCGGCCCAGAAAGGAAGGAAGGAGGAACGGGAUCGAUGCGAGGAGGAGGAGGAGGAGGAUGAUGAUGAUGCAAAUUGGCGAGGACGAAAGUCGUCAUACGAGGAGUGAGGGCGAAGGAAGCGAUGGGAGGAAGAAGAUGUGAUGGGGAGUGGGGCGGGGGGGCUGGAAAGUAAUAGAAAAUGCGGGCGAGGAAUUUAUGUUUACCGAGUCUGUCCACGAACUGGCAUGUGAUGCGAGAUGAUCACAUCGAGACGCGGGGGUCUGGGGCGAAAUCAUCAAACGAAACUGCGAAAUCCGCCGCCCCGGGGCUGUCGAUGGCUCAGCGGACAAUGGGCGGAUUGACAUUGACCGACCUCGCCGUGCCCGCUUGCCUUGCCUUUGGCAGAGGAGCAAGGAUGGAAGGUACAGUGCGAGAGGAAGCGGAAAGAAGCUGCUGAGGUGGGGCGCCGCGAGUGGGCAAUCAUGUGUUCGCAGCAGGCAGCGAUUCGUAAUGCUUUCUGGAACGCCUGAUAAUGAUUCGACGACCGCGGUGGGCUCUGCUGCCACUGCGCUGAUUGGCUCGAGACAGUAGUCUUGGGGAGGGGAGGCCGGAGGAGCGAAAAGAAGAAAAGAAGAAAAGAUGAUGGAUGCGGAGGCGGAGGCGCAUUGAAGAGGAGAGAAGAUGAUGGAGAUAGAGCAUGAGUGCUGUGGACGAGGUGCGAGCGAGGCCGGCGAGCAGGAGGACAUGAAUGCGAGUCAAGUUCGCGACACACCCAACAACAGUGGAGUCGAUGCGAGGAGGAAAGCGACGCGAGGAGAUGUGCGGUCGGACGUGGAGGCAGGAUCGUCGGUCAGCGGAUGUGGAGGGACGGCUGGCCAUGGCGGCAAUGCAGCAGGCCAGAAGCAGCAGCAGCAGGGCACGGAGAAAGAGAAGCCGCGGUUGGUCGCCCAGGCCAGUCAUCUGUGAGGAUGCGGACUUUCGGACGAGGAGGCCCUGAAAUCUUUGUAGAGUGAUGCGAGGGAGGAAAAAACUCGCCACAGGUUUAGCCCGAGUAGUGGCUGGGUCGGCCUGAGAUUGUUGACUCGCGUUUCUCGCAUCUGGUUCAGCGCGACCCUGCGAACUCAAUUUCGUCCGCGCCUCCCCUCGAAAUUUCACUCGUCAUGCUCCAAUUCCCCAUGCCCUAACCCCAAUGCCCGGAGAAAGAUGGAACCUACUGCACUCGCUUUUCCAACAACUGAACUCGCUGUGUACCUUGUGGGAGUCGGCAUCGGUGGCAGCCCUCAACAUGCGGGUAAGGUACUGCACCAGGGGCCUGUGCUGCGUAGUGAUAAUCUUGGGAAUAUCCUUCGCUGUGGUGGGCACGGUGGCAAUUAUAUGGUAUUUGUGUUGGUGGAAACACAGCUGAAGCAAGAGAGAAGGCCGAGAUGAUGAUGAUGAUGAGAGCUAGUACUUUAUAAAUCUGCCGAAACAAUCUGCAGCCUGUGAGAUCCGAUAGGUGCAUCCGCGAGGUGGGACCUGCCAUCGCCAUCUCCGACCUGCCUGUGUGAGCCUGUGUGAUUUGCGCAACCCCUACCUCCUCCCGACGAUGUGCGUGUGGCUGUCAUGAGAGGACUGGUCUCGCUUCCGGAUUCCUCCUCCUCAGUCACAAGUAUCUUUGACGAGUUUCGCUGUCACUGCGAGGUGGCUGGCUGAUCCUGAGUAUACGUCUCAGCUAUCCCGACCUCGGAACAAGCUUCACGACAUGGGCUGCUUCGUCUCUGUCUGUCUGUCAGUGCACGAUGUGCGCCGAGUCGACGGAUAGAAAUUGCGAGACAAAGACGGAUUGGUCCGGCUACUGCGACUGCUGAUAUUUGGAGGGUGAAAGAACAUCGAC